AUUCUGUAAAUUUCAGUCAGUCGUAUUAAUGUGACGUGAGUCAAGGAAUUUUGAAAUACAGCGUGUCUUGAAGUCCUUUGGAAAAUUUAGUAUUUUGCGACUGAAUUUAUACCUAAGAAGAUAUUUUGAGAUGGGUGGUGGGAAAAAAGGAGGAGGCGGGGGAGCUAAAGGUGGAGCAAAAGCUGAAAAAGGUGGGGCAAAAGCUGAAAAAGGCGAAGCAAGUGGUGGAGGCGGCAAGGAAAAGAAAGGAGGAACUGCAGUGAAGGUUCGCCAUAUCCUGUGUGAGAAGCAAGGCAAGGCAUUAGAGGCUUUAGAAAAAAUCAAAUCAGGGAUGAAAUUUAAUGAAGUGGCAGCUGAGUAUUCAGAGGACAAAGCUAGGAGUGGGGGUGAUCUUGGCUGGAUGACACGAGGCUCGAUGGUGGGACCUUUCCAGGAUGCUGCAUUUGCUCUCCCAGUAUCAACCUUAGCUAAUCCAGUUUAUACAGAUCCACCUGUAAAAACUAAAUUUGGAUAUCACAUAAUAAUGGUUGAGGGAAAAAAAUGAUUAAGGUUGUUCUUAUUAAGGUACUGGUACAUAUUUCAUGUAUGACAAAUGCAGUCCUGGAUAUGAAGAUCUCUUAAAAACAAUUAAUUUGAAAAAGAAAAAACUAGUGCCACUCAUCCAAACAGAUGCAAGAUAAUUUUGUGACCUAUAAAUUCAACAUGAUUCUUAAUUAACAAUAAAGUACUGUAACCUUA